CUAAUCAAAAUAAUAAUGAUCAUAAAUCGACUUAAACGGUAUUGAGAAUAGAAAUUUUGAAACUAGUCCAAUGUAAUUAUACAAAUGCACGUGCCACCGUUAGCUGUAUAAUAUUAGGUAUCAUACCUAACAUUAUCGUACCUAUCAUUUAACACAUAACUGCUAAGUACCUACAGCGGACAAAGAAAAGUUUGUUAAAUUUUAUGACAUUUAACGACAUAAUAGUUGAGUUGUACGUUAAUGUACCUGAUAUUUAUUGUUAGACAUUGAUACAUAUAACCUAAUUCAAGGACUAAUCGAGUACUAAUUAAAGGCAUUUAAUAUAUGAUGUAGGUAAGUACUUAUGGAUGUCAAACAGACUUAUAUAUACCUACAACUACGGGUGUUAGGGUGCCAUUCUGAUAAUUCAAUUUAAUAUUGUAUAGACAAGACUGUGAGUUGAUCAAUACCCGGACUAUAAUAUUAUAUUAUCAUUCGGUAUUAUUAAUACGACGGAUAAUCACGUGAACAAUUUUACACGGACAAUAAAUUGACGGCAAGGACAACAAAAAUGACUUUUUUGCAAAAAUCCGUCACGUUCACCGUGUGCGCUUUGCUGGCGGCGUUGGCGUUUGCAGGCAAUACACAUGCUCGUCCCGAGGUUCCUGCAACACCGGCCGAGUCGGAUACGGUAUCAACAUUGUCGGCGGUUAAUGUGCAGCAAAUCCAAGCGACACUCAGMGAAGCUCUUCCGUUGUACAGGAUGGCCACGAAAUCGGCGCAUAAGGAACACGGCCACGGCGGGAAACUGUCGGUUGUUCAUCUGAUACUGAUUAUUGGAAAAGUUCUUGCGCCACUUGUAGGUGCCAUCAUCGAACCGCUGCUCGUCAACGUGGCCAAAGGCAUCACAUGGGCGAUCACGUAUUCGUUGGCCACGGGAUUCGACAAGCCUCCCAGUUACGAGCACUUUGUACCAGCACUUGAACACCAUGGCGGCGACGACGAUGACGAGGACGGCGGCGUGGAAUACGAAUCGCACAAGCCGAUCAGUUACUCGCUGAACGAUCUCCCGGGACUGGCACUACAGGUGACCAGCGCCGUAUUGGCCGAUUCUGGUGCGGGCCAACCAGCACAGCAAGCCGAGGCCAUGAAAAAGGCCGAGAGAAAGCUCGUGGGCCUGCUGCUCCAGGACAAUAAACGUGCACCGGCAGUACAGUGAUCGAUGAACAGCUCAUGAUGGAUCAAUCGUCACAUUUCGUCAUUAUGAAUUUAUUAAUUUAUUUAUAAUUUAUUGUGUAAUCCGUGACACAAAAAUGUGGUAAAGGUCCGUCAUCCGACAUGGACAUGGACAUGCCAACGGA